AUGACCCAGACCCUCAAUAAAAGGGAAGCCCUGGGCGGCGGCUGGGCAGCCUCUGCUCCGUUUCGCACUUGGUCCUCCUGCCACCGAAGGCGCAGGGGCGCCCCGAUUUACAAGCGGCGGCAGCACUAUGGCCCCAAGGCUGAGUAUGAGCCCCAGAGGAAGCAGCCGAAGCCACGGUACGGCCCGGGCCCUUGGUUCCAACCACCCCAGAGUCCUUACUGGGGCAUGUACUCUAACUGGGGGUGCUGGGGAGGGCCCUGGUGCCCACCUCCAAUGGGAUACCGGAAGCCCCCCAGCCCUGGGCUAGUGGCCCGAAUGUAUGGCCUGCACCCCAUCUGCCUUUGCUGCUGCUUCUGCUGGCGUGGGCCCUGGAACCCCGGCUGGGCGAGGGCCCCUGUCCGCAAGAAGCGCUGGGGCCGCAGGGGCCGUGGCCUGCGCCGCCAGCCUAGCCGCCCCGCCCCAAGGAGCCCAUCGGUGGAGGUGAGCCCCCUGCUGCAGCCGGUCGACCUGUACGGGUGGCGGGCACCUGGCCUGCAGGCGCCGCGCAACACCACCCAGUUCAUCAUGAACCAGAUCUACGAGGACAUGCGGCAGCAAGAGAAGCUGGAGCGCCAGCAGGAGGCGCUGCGGGCUCAGCAGGCCCAGGCAGGCGGAAACGAUGCGCCUCCCAGUGGUGGUGAGGAAGACGCAGAGAUGCAGGACACUUUGUAUGGCUUUGGGCAGAAUCCCUCUCUGGCCUUUAGUCCUGCCCCGGAGGAAGAGGAAAACCAUUCUCCGGCCCCACAGCUGGUGGAGGAAGAGGAAGAGGAGAAAGAUGAGGAGGAGUGUGAUGAGGAGGAGUGUGAUGAGGAGUGUGAUGGGAAGGACGAAGAGAGUGAGGAAGAGGAGAGUGAGGAGGAGGAGGAUGAAGAGGCAGAGGCCCAGGAUGAAGAGGAGGUGGAAGAGGCUGAAGAUGUGGAGGAGGUGGUGGAGGAGGAGGAAGCGGAGGAAAUAGAAGAGGAGGAGGAGGGGCUAGAGGAGGAGGAGCAGAGAGGGGAAGAGAAUCAUUUGCCUCUGGAAAUGCCCUUAUCAUUCCUGAUGGCCGAGGAAGAGAGAGCGAACUUUAUAGACUGUUCUCAUUUAAGCCCAGAACAGGUCAUUCCCUAG